AUGGCAGACAACCACUGCUCACGCUCCCAAACACAGUCCAGCCCACAGAAUGAAGAGGUAAAAGACGGAGGAAACGCAUUCUUCGACACCUUCUUUGCCUCGGCAUUGCAACGAGCGAAUAUGUCUUCUGGCGAGUUGAAAGGGUUGAACGACCAAACCAGUUCUGCUGCACACCCGCUUCCCCCCUCCCCCCUCACCAUCGCCACGCGGGAAGAUGAAGAUGUAUACGCUCCAGAUGGAAACGGACUGGACUGUGGACGCGGUCCUGGCGACAUCCCCUCUCCGCCAAACGAAAAAGCAAGCUGGAGCGCUACACGACAACAAACGUCAGCACUGGCAAAUGGAGUAUCGACGUUAAACCUCGAUUCUGCUUCUUCCUGCACGAGCACCAGGGUGAACCGCGAUCUGGACCUGGUUGCAACAAGACGCGGUGGAGGCCUGGGCACGCCGACCGGCACACCAACCUACAUUGGUUCCUCUUUCGACCGGCAUCCGACGCAUCCGCAUUCAGGCACGUUGACACCAGUCAUGGAUCCGCAUUCCGGCUUGGGUUGGCCAGCGAAAUCUACACUCGAUCGAUCACAGCAUAGCGCAGAAGAAGCGCAAGAGAACCAAGCGAGGCUCUCUGCAGCAAUCAAGACAGUCUUGCAAUGCAUCGGGGAAGAUCCAGGGCGAAGUGGAUUGGCGAAAACACCAGAGAGGUAUGCAAAGGCCUUGCUCUGGAUGACAAAGGGUUAUGAGGUGAGGUUAAGCGAUGUGAUUGCCAAUGCGAUAUUCGAUGAGCAACACGACGAAAUGGUCAUCGUCAGGGAUAUAGACAUUUUCAGUCUUUGCGAACAUCAUCUGGUGCCCUUUACUGGAAAGAUCCACAUCGGAUACAUCCCAAACCGACUCGUAAUCGGCCUCUCCAAGUUAGCCCGUAUAGCAGAAACAUUCGCACGCCGCCUCCAAGUGCAGGAGAGGCUAACAAAACAGGUAGCCCUAGCUCUCGACGAAGCCUUGCGCCCGCAGGGGGUAGCGGUCGUCGUCGAAUGCCAACAUCUCUGCAUGGCCAUGCGAGGAGUUCAGAAACCAGGCGCUACCACUGUAACCAGCUGCAUGUUGGGCGUCUUUAGAGACAGGCAGAAGACUCGGGAGGAAUUUCUAUCUCUCAUCAAAAAGUAG